CUUGAUUUAUCUGUGAUAAGUAUGUGCCAUCCACAAUGCAGAGGUUAAUAACAUCCCUCAGGAAGUUAUUACCUCAAGAUAAAGGUUUUGUGGAAGAAAUACAAAACUGAAUGAAAUGAAACUCUGCAACUCUCCAUUUGGGAGCCUGAUGAGUAAUAGAUGGUGAGAGGUAGAAGAUGAAUUUCUCAGAGAACGCAACUGAGGGGUGCACUAUUAAUCAUGAUAUCCACCAGACUUUAUCCCCUGUGGUAUACAUAUUCGUGUUUGUAGUGGGUUUCCCAGCAAACUGCCUCUCGCUCUACUAUGGAUAUCUGCAGAUCAAGGCUAAAAAUGAACUGGGUAUCUACCUUUGCAACUUGACUGUAGCAGACCUGCUGUACAUUUUUUCUUUGCCUUUCUGGCUCCAGUAUGUUUUACAGCACGACAACUGGACCCACGACGAACUGCUGUGCAAAAUCUGUGGCACUCUCUUGUAUGAGAACAUCUAUAUCAGCGUGGGCUUCCUCUGCUGCAUCUCCAUCGACCGCUACCUGGCCGUCGUGCACCCUUUUGGGUUCCACCAGUUUCGGACGCUGAAGGCUGCUGCGAUCGUCAGCGCUGUUAUCUGGGCCAAGGAAAUCGUGACGUGCUGGUUUGUCUUUACCCACGGGGAAAUCAGCAUGGACGCUGACAGCCACGUGGUGUGCUUUGAGCACUACCCCAUCAAGGCCUGGGAGCACAACGUCAACUACUACCGCUUCUCAGCGGGCUUCCUCUUCCCCUUCUUCCUGCUGGCCUUCUCUUACUGCGGAAUUCUACGUGUGGUCCACAAGAGCCAUGGCACUCAGAAGAAGAAGAAAAUCCAAAUUAAGCGACUGGUUUCCAGCACUGUUUUCAUUUUUUUAGUGUGCUUUGGACCAUACCACAUCCUGCUUGUAGUUCGCAGCUUGUUUGAGAACGACUGCUCAUUUGCUGAGAAAAUAUUUAAUAUUUACCAUAUUUCUCUCCUGUUGACUACAUUUAACUGUGUUGCUGACCCGGUGUUGUAUUGCUUUUCCAGUGAAAGCACUUACCAGAACUUUGCCAAGAUGCGAGACUCUUGUUUAACAUAUUUAGGCUGUCCAAGGGCUGAGAGUAAGGAAAGCUACCAGCUGAAUGCUCCAGAAACCCCCAACAAGUCACAAGAUGAGCAAGAGCCAGCAUUAUUGCAAACAUCACAAGAUACUGCUGGAAUAAAGGACUCCUCCACAGUUAACUUGGGCAGCCUAUAGUAUUCAUCAAAAAAAAAUACUCAUCCAAAAUCUCCACAUAUGACUGUGUUGUGUAUACAUCUCAUUUAUCCAUACAUUCCAGCUAUUUUACCUCCCAAAGGCUUAUUAGCUAUGCAGCAUAGUGAGGUAGUUCCUGGAGGUGCUUGGGCCUUGACUUUAGUGAAGAAAAUAUAAACUAAGAGUUCAGUUCCAAUCACAUGUCUACUGCCAGUCUGGUGCAACUCGGAAACUGUUCUCCCGCCACUUAACUCUUGUUGAUGACCACUUUGGUUGAAAUAAAUCAUGGUAGGGAGCUGCUGAAACAUUCUUUAACUGCUAUUUGUUUGUGCCUGUCAUAGCUAGAAGAAAAAAAAAAUCUUAAAGCAGGCAUUAUCUAUUGAAAAGGUUGGAGACAGAAUAAAUAAAAUGUCCUCAUAAGUAUUUUUUUGAAGAAAAAUUGCAUUUGUGCAUUUUUUUUCUGUAACACUCUAAAUAUUCCUCCUCAAGCCUGUUUCAAGUUUAGCAGAGACCUUGCCUGAACCCACCUCCUAAAAUAAGCAAUUGAAUAAUGCGAGAUGUCCUGGAGGAGCAUGAACAAGGACCUCACCCUCUGCUGAGACCUUCAGUCUCUUGAUUGAUGAUCGAAUCUCACCCUGUUGAACCUCGUCAUAAGGCUCCUAUUGACUUCAAGAGUCAGGUUGUCGAGAACAGACUCUGA